CAUUUAUUUAUUUAUUAUCAAAAACAAUUUUUAAAUCUAAAAUUACAACUAUUCAUAUCUGAUAUCAAUAUCCUUGAUCAAAAUAAAUCUGAUACAUAUUAUAAUAAAUUAACUUGGUCAUGGAUAUAAAAAAAAAUCCAAGCGGUGGCGUUGUCAUCGUUGAUUUGUAAACAAAUCCGCAAUCAUUGAAAACUGCGUCUUUAAUUUUGAAUUUGUUAAUUCAAUUACCGUUCAUUCUUUUAAUACUCAUCAUCAUUGUCAUUGUUGAUUCGAUUGAUAAAGUGACUCUGUCAUCGACAUUAUGGCCAUAAAAAUCGUUAUGGAUCCCAAACAACAGCAGAAUAUUGAAGAUUCGAAUAUUCAAUUCAACCAACAACAAUCGUAUCAUGUUCGAAAUAUCAACGAUUCAUAUACAAUUAUUCUGGCCCGUGCUCUACUUUUAUUUCUACUUACAUUCGAUAUAUUUCUCAAUGCCUAUGUGAUGAUGUCGUUGGAUCGUAAUGAUUUAAUGUUUGGAGCUGCUACAAUUAUCGUAGGCAUGGUUGGACAAUUUGCCGCAAUAACCGGUCAAUUUGGAUUGCAGAUAGCUGAUUUACUUUUGCAUAUAUUUGUCGUCACUGAUUCAUUAGUGGUAGUCUUAUCAUUUCUGAUGGCACAAAUGUCUCAUAAUUUUAUGACAAAAAUUUCCUUUAGUUUGUCAAUGUUAAGCUUUUUGGUGGGAAUUUUCAUUCUCAUUCGAAAUGGUAAAGCUUAGAAUUUUUUUUCAUUUAUUUUUCAUUGAUAUAAUUUAAUAAAACGAUUUUCGAACCAAAAAAAAAAA